GGCAUGUGUGAGUGUAGGAUCUGAUGUUUUUAUGAGCUCCAACUUUGUUAUUUGAAGUUUUGCCUUUAGGCGUACGUUAUAUUCCCGGGUUUUAGUAGAUCUCAAAUACGUACGUUCUCCGUCGUUUAUAUGUCUGAGGACAGAUAAAGUUACUCGGAGAUGUGACUGGUCACGGCGUUUGGAGAGGUAGAGUUGGUGGCCAGUUUGUCAUGCUAAAACUGACAGCUGUAACGUUAAUCAGCUAGCUGUUCACGCAAACUCAUGCUGUGAACUUAGAAAGGGCGUCGUGCACGAAUCCUUCACCGUCUGUGCUGCCAAUACUGACGUUAGAUAACCAGCAGCGAGAAGUUGCUUUGCCACCGCGAGUUAGAUCACAGAGCUGCUAUUGAAAAUUGUUCAGGAUAAAAGAUUAGUUGCUUUUCCAUUGUUAGCAGGUGGUCUGUAUGUAACGUUACUUGAAUACCGUUCUCAGCAGCUCGUUAAUAACAGCCUAGUGUGCUUUUUUUAGUAAAUAUUAAAAUACAUCUAAAAACAGUUACAUAGAUUUUAUUUUCGCACUAAUUUCCCAACCACAUCAAACAGGUCGUCACUAAGGGGUGGUGAGGGGUUAGUCACCCUUAUCUAGUGAAGCCAGUCAUGCAUUAUCUAAACAGUACCGAAUAAACACUCCAUGACGGGCUCGUUUUAAAAGAAUCGCUGUGACUUGUUUUGUUUUCUGAUAUUCCUACCAAGUGUUUUUCGGUAGUAUAAUGCUAUCCCGAGCUUUAAGGAAAUCGUUUUCCUAUGGAAAUCCAUUAGUGGCGGUUUUUGUUGGGAACUAUUGCAGUCGCGUGCGUUUUCAUCAGCACGCUGUGCGUAAAGUUGCAUUGCGAGCCGAAUGUGCUUUCACACCAGAAAAGGUCGCGAUCGUGACCAAGACCACGCGCUAUGAGUUUGAACAGCAGAGAUAUCGAUAUGCGGGACUGUCGGAGGAGGAUAUCAAGCAGUUGCUUGCUUUGAAAGGAUCCAGUUACAGUGGACUUCUGGAGAGACACAAUAUACACACAUGCAAUGUUGGACAAAUUGUGGAUAGUUUACAGAAAGAAGGGAUUGAGGUGCGCGUUGUUAGAAGAGGGGAGUAUGAUGAGGACACCGUGAGAUGGGCAGAUGCCAUCAUCUCUGCUGGAGGUGAUGGUACUAUGCUACUAGUUGCCAGCAAAGUUUAUGACAAGAACAAGCCUGUCCUGGGAGUCAAUACAGAUCCCGAAAGGUCAGAAGGUCACCUAUGUUUACCUGUGCGCUACACGUAUGCCUUUUCUGAGGCCUUACAAAAACUCAGGAAGGGGGAGUUCAGGUGGCAGUGGCGUCAGCGUAUCCGGAUGCACCUGGAAGGCACUGGUAUCAACCCCACUCCGGUGGACCUACACGAGUUACAGCUGAGCCUUGAGCAGCACAACAAAGCACACCGCAUCACCACAGAGACCCAGCGCGGUAUGUCACAUGACAGUUCGUCGGGUCCUCACCUGCUUCCUGUCCGAGGGCUCAAUGAGAUCUUCAUUGGGGAGUCACUUUCCUCCAGGGUGAAGUAUAAAUCCUUCAAACCUCAUCUUACCCUCUCGCUUCAUAGGGCUUCGUACUAUGAAAUCUCUAUUGACGACGGGCCGUGGGAUAAGCAGAAGAGCUCAGGACUUAGCAUUUGCACUGGAACUGGAUCUAAAGCAUGGUCCUACAAUAUUAAUAAACUUGUGGAGCAGGCUGUGGAAGACGUUCUUAGAAUAGGUAAAUCAAAAACCGGUUUGAAUCUUCCUCUAAAUCAAGAGUUUAUUGAGAGUGUCACAGCUUCAUACAAUGAGUCUCUGAUCUUCAGUCCAGAAGAAGACAAACUUUUCUUCAGCAUUAGAGAGCCUAUAGUCAACAGAGUAUUUUCCAGUAGCAAACAAAGAGGAUUUGCAAACAAGGUUUGCGUCCGCUCAAGGUGUUGGGACGCCUGCAUGGUGGUGGAUGGUGGGACGUCCUUUGAAUUUAAUGAUGGUGCCAUUGCUACAAUCUGCUUAAAUGAGGAGGACCAGCUUCGAACCGUCAUUCUGGAUUAAAUCUGAUGGUGCAUCUAACCUUUGUUCAAAGAGCAUACAUAUUUAUUGAGGACUAAGAUUUGUUCCUCUAAUCCAGACUUUAAGAUGGACAUUGCGGCUGAAAUACAGAUCUGACAGUGGGUUCAUUUUCAUCAACUCUGUUUUUUAAUGGCUAAUGGGGUUUGCAAAUAAGUACCUUUUUUUUGUACCAGUAAUGGCAUGGAUCUAUAUACAUCUAGAGGCACACAUCUGGAGUCUGUUCUUACUUAAAUGACCCCUUUGAUGGCAGUCCUCAUGUUAAAUGCAGAGUUCAUCUUCAAACUGAAAAUUCUGUCAUUAUUUACAUGCACUGCUUGACUUUCUGUAUUCUACAUUGAAAAAUGUUGGUUACAGAAAACCGCUAGUCCACGUCGAAAUGCUUUGGUUUUGUGUCCAUACAAUAGAAGUCAAUGGGGACUAAGGGUUUUUGGUUACCAAAAUAUCAUCUUUUGUGUUUUGCAGAAGACAAUCGCACAGGUUUAAAAUGAUAACAGUGUGGGUAAAUUACAAUUUUCAUUUUGAUGAUGAACUGUAAAUAUCUUCUUAGAACCCCCAAUAGUAAAUUGAGUGUCAGCUGUUGAAAUCUAGAGCUAGUUAUAAAAUCAUCACACAAUAAUAAUUAGACAUAAUUUAAUGUGAAGUAUCUUCUUAACAUGAUGAUGGUUUUAUUUUGCAUAAAAAAUUAAGACGUAUGCUCAAGAACAUGAACUGGAGUCCAUUAUACUUGAGCUCUUGAAGCACUGCUGUGCCAAAUAUGUACAGGAGUGCAUAUUCAAUUGUCAAUGCUUGAUAUUUUAUUGUUUAUGAAGUCCAUGCUUGGACUAAUUGAUGUGGGGAUCCAAUUCUUAGGUCAAAAACCAAUGUACAGGAGGGGACUAAAAAUAUGCCAAAAACCUUUAUAGAACUAGAUUGUCAAUAUUCUUGCUACUUAAAAUGUUUAUUGUGGUUUGCUGCAAGUUGAGUAGCACUGGUCACCAUUUUGUUCUGAACAUUGGAUUUACCAUCGUAUACCAGAGCAUAAAGGUAUAAAAGUGAAAUGAAUGUGUUUAAAUAAAAUGCAAUGCAUUUAUUUACAAUUCAAACCAUGUAAACAAUUUAUAAAAACAUUUUUCUUGACAAGAUUUACAACAUUCAUAUUUUGUAAUGCUCAUUGGUCAGGAAAUGGAAUAAAGAUUCACCAUAUUUUCUUA